AUGAUGUACAGAUCGGAGACUGGGGCAGGUCCAUUUACUGUGAUGGAGAGGCUUGAUUGCACGGAACGAAAGCUGCUUAGACGGCUACUUGGCCACUUUUGGCCUGGGGUAUGCCACAAUGAAGAUGUUUACGCAGAAAUUGAUGUGGUGUACCGCCGGAUGACACGUAGAAGAUACGAACAUCUUGCACAGCCAUCGAAAGUGGCUGAAGUAAAUCGUCUUCGCUUCUUUGGUCAUAUAUUAAGGAGACCGGAAGAUCACUUUGUUCAGCGAGUUCUGAGGAAUUUGACGGGUUCACGCUGGAAGAAAGCACGGAAGUUGUGGACUGAGGUGGUGAAAGAAGACCUGAGGACACUCGGUGUGGAUAGGCAGUUCAGGCGGGACGUAAGGUUUUGCAGAAUAUGGAGUAUCGACGUAUGGAUUGAUUCUGUGCAAGCUCUCGCAGAAGAUCGAGAAGGUCGGGCAGAUCUGUGUUCAAGGACGGCAUACCUCGGCGAAGAUGUGGGUAAUCGCGUCAGGCGAUGA